AUAUCAAGAGGUGUAUGUGUCAUUGUUUCGCUCUCGUUACACACCCAAAAAUUUUACAAAAGUACAACAAAAAUCGGCAGUUUCGUGUGCAAAAACGUGCAAAAAUCCGCAUUUCAAACUUCCAGCAACAAAAGAACGCGCAAAAUUUCACAAAAACUCUAGUAAAUAAGCCAGCAAAACGCGAGGAUGCAAACAAUCAAGUGUGUGGUUGUUGGCGAUGGUGCAGUUGGUAAAACAUGUCUGCUCAUCUCGUACACAACAAAUAAAUUCCCGUCUGAGUAUGUGCCAACUGUUUUCGAUAAUUAUGCCGUCACGGUAAUGAUUGGCGGCGAUCCAUACACACUCGGGCUUUUUGAUACCGCCGGGCAGGAGGAUUACGAUCGUUUGCGACCCUUGUCGUAUCCGCAAACGGAUGUCUUUUUGGUGUGCUUUAGCGUCGUCAGCCCGAGCUCGUUCGAGAACGUCAAGGAAAAGUGGGUGCCCGAGAUUACGCAUCAUUGUCAGAAAACGCCAUUCCUACUCGUUGGCACGCAGAUCGAUUUGCGCGACGAGAGCUCGACCGUGGAGAAGCUCGCGAAAAACAAGCAGAAACCACUGACACCGGAACAGGGAGAAAAGCUCGCGAAAGAACUGAAGGCCGUCAAGUAUGUCGAGUGCUCUGCAUUGACGCAAAAGGGAUUGAAAAAUGUGUUUGACGAGGCAAUUUUGGCUGCGUUGGAGCCCCCAGAGCCAGCAAAGACUAAAAAAUGUAAGUUUCUAUAAGUUUUCCGACCUCUACUUCUUCGACGACGUUAACAGAACAACAACAACAAUUUACAAAAAAAUAGUGGAAAUUAUUUGAAGAAACAACAAACAAAUAUUUAACAAAUACAGACAUUUUAUAAGCAUUUGGAACAUUAUUGAGUAAUGAAAGUAAUGAAUAAUAUAAAACUAACUCUACUUUGUAAGCAACGUGAAAAAAAAAAUAUCAUUCUUCCUUUUUGCAUAAUCAAAUCAUCAAAAGUGAUUAAAUUCGUUUUUCUAUCAAAGUUACAACAAAUAACUUCUAACCUCAUCCUAUUAAUUAAUUAAUUAAUUAGUUAUCUUUAGACAAAAGAAAAUACAGUUUUUAUUACGUAGAUCCUUUUCCCCUUUUUCUAAUCAAAAACACACACAAAGUUUAAUUAUUAUUAUUAUUAUUACUAAUUAUUACAAACAUAGAAAAAAUAAUGAUAAGAGGAAAAAA